AUGCCUCCAAACCGCUGGUGUAGCCUUCAGAAGAAAGCUGAAUUGUUACAGCGAAUUUUACAGCACUUUAACGACCACCCGGAACUCAAGAAAAAUCAACGCUAUGAAGGUUUAUUUAAUCUCACUCGGUCUUGCAGGCGCCAUCUCGAAAACGACAAUGGUGCUCCUGAAUUCCCACAAGAUAUGAUUCCCUCAAAUUCGAUUCACCAACCAUCCAGGUAUUCACCGCAGCCUGUCGCUCAUUCCUCAAUGCUAGGCAUGGAUCUGAGUCUGCCUCCACCCAGCCAUGCACCUCCAUAUCAUCCAAUGCACCAUUCUGUACCUCAGUCUCCAUCUGUUCUUCACCCUCACUUCGCACUGGUUGGUAGACCUCUCGCUAGUACAUCUCAGGAUUUUCGAGUUGGUGGUGGAGCGCAGAUGUAUGACAUUGGGGGCUCUGGUAAUGCAGGCUAG